AUGAAGAAGCAGUGGAGUAGCGUAGAAGAAGAAAAGCUGGCGUGACGGCUGUCCCCGUGUGUGACUGUGUUGUGCUGUAUGAAUGAUUUGAUGUUAGAAAUGAUGUCAUUUCUUCCCAAACUCCUUCUGCUGGCGUUGUUGGCUUUCCCGGCGCACGUCGUUUUUAGGGGGCCGCUGGUGGGAGCCGAGAUUCGGCGAGAUGACGAUGACAUGGACGUGAUGGAGAUGGAGGAAGACAUCGUGGACGACGUCAUAGACGACGGGAUGGCCGAAGACGGGAUGGCCGACGACGGCGCGGUUGACGACGAGGACGAUGAAGCGGAAGUAGAAGAUGACGAGAAUACGGAACUAAUGGAAGAAAAGGAGGAUGAUGAAGACGAGGAGGAGGAGGCGUUGGUCGGGGAGAUGAAGGCGUCGCCUUUUGCCGACACCACCAUCCUUUUUGUCAAAGGAGAAGACUUCCCGGCCAACGACAUCGUCAAGUUCCUGCUGGGCUUCACCAACAAAGGUUCCGAGAACUUCGUGGUGGACUCCCUAGACGCUUCGUUCCGAUACCCGCAGGACUACCAGUUCCAUAUCCAGAACUUUACAGCCCUGCAGCUGGGGACGGCGGUGCCGCCCGGGCGCCAAGCCACCUUCGAGUAUUCCUUCAUCCCGGCGGAGCCCAUGGGGGGGCGCCCCUUCGGCCUCGUCAUCAACCUCAACUACAAGGACGGCAACGGGAACGUCUUUCAGGACGCCGUCUUUAACCAGACGGUCACCAUCACUGAGAAGGAGGACGGACUCGACGGAGAGACCGUCUUCAUGUACAUCUUCCUGUCCGGCCUCGGCCUGCUCGUCAUCGUCGGCCUUCACCAGCUGCUCGAGUCCCGAAAGAGGAGGCGCCCGGCUCCGAAAGUGGAAAUGGGAACCUCGAGUCACAACAACGUCGACCUCAGCUGGAUCCCGCAAGAAACCCUCAACCAGAUCAUGCAAAGUCGCAGAGACAAAGCGUCGCCCCGACGGUCUCCCCGCAAACGUAACCACAAACGCUCAGGGGGGUCUGACGAGUGAAUGGGUCGCAAGCGACCCGGCGUGCCGCCACCAACGCGACGAGAAGGGCGAGGACGGCAACGCCUCACGUGGUCGCCGACCGAGGACAGUAACUGCGAGUGUCAUCAUGCCGGGCUCCCCCCACCCCCCCAAAAAAAAAACUUUUUAACAUGCUGAACGCUCUUCCACACGACACAGAUUCAACCGAAUGGUUGUGUUGAUCCUGAUGAUAAUCAAGAUGAAUUUUGGAAGACGCUUAACUGCUGACGUCGCUGUAGUGAAGAGCUGAGACGAGGAUUGUCCAAUUGGAAAUGUUUCCAUGCGAAUUGAUUGGAAUAAGAAUGUGCAUAAUUCAGUUUGUGUAAUUCCCUCAAAUGUAUGCGAUGAGCGUGACCUUCAUCGCAAUGUUUACUUACCUUAUGACGAGCAAAACGGUUCAUGUUUGAAUAUCAGAUCUUUCCUCGGAAAUCCACAUAGGUCUCAUGAUUAAUGUACAAUUUGGCACUUUUUCUAAAUUGCCCCGGUUUCAAUUCGUCGUGGAAAUUUCAAUGUUUGCAGCUCUCCACUAGAGUGUCAUGAAAAAAAAUUUCAAAAACACUCUUUUGUUUUCUUUAGUGUUUAUGUGAUGCACUGAUGACUCAAGACAAGUUGAAUAGGAUGAUGGUGGUGAUGAUGAUGAUGAUGAUGAUAUUUGUUGACUGGCAUGCACAGGAGCAAAAAUGUCAGCUAAUUUAUUGGAAAGACAUUUCUGGUGUGGGUGGGGUGUAUUGUUUGUUUUACCACUAGAGGCGACACUGCUGACUUGCCUUUUUUUUAUGUGGGUGUCAGAAGACAAGUACCGAAUUGAACUUUGUCCUUUAUGUCAAGGGCUAUGUUCAUUAUUUCUUUUCUAAUUUGCUUUUUAAUGUCCAGCAAAUAAAGGUUUAUUUGCA